ACUGCCCGCAGCGCUAUCUUCGCCAGACGGUCGCCGCUGGCAGCCACUCCAGUGAGAGUCGGCCAUGCAGGGCGUGAGGACGGCCGUUAGACAGCUGAGCGCGGCGUCUGCCGCCACGGCGCGCAAGAUAGUCAUAGCGCGCCACUUCCAGGGAGACCCCAAGCCGGAUGACUUCCGGCUGGAGGAGGAGGUGCUGCCGCCCCUCAAAGAGGGCCAGAUUCUGUGCGAGGCCGCCUACCUCAGCGUCGACCCCUACCAGCGGGCUUACACGCACCGCCACAAAGUCGGCCAGCCCAUGAUCGGCUCGCAAGUGGCGCUCAUCGUGGAGAGCCGUGCCCCAGAGUUCCCAGUGGGCAGAUACGUGGUGGGCUACUGGGGCUGGCGGGACCGUACAGUGGCCGAGACGAGGGCCAACCGGGAUAUGUGGGCACCAAUGCUCGUCCCGGAGCUGGGCAACCUGCCUCUGUCAUUGGCACUCGGGGUGCUGGGCAUGCCCGGCAACACAGCCUACUUCGGGCUGCUCGAGAUCUGCCACCCCAGGCCUGGGGAGGUGGCUGUGGUCAGCGGCGCAGCGGGGGCCGUCGGCUCCAUCGUGGGGCAGAUCGCUCGCAUCAAGGGCUGCAAGGUCAUCGGGUUCGCCGGCUCUGACUCCAAGGUAAACUGGUUGAGAGAUGAACUGGGUUUCGACCACGCAUUCAACUACAAGACGGUAGACGUCGGAAAAGCGCUGAAGGAAGUCGCACCUGAUGGGGUGGACAUAUACUUCGACAAUGUGGGCGGUCAACAGAGCAGCGCCAUCAUCCACAAGAUGAGAACCGGAGGCCGAAUUUCGGUCUGUGGAUCCAUCUCCAGCUACAAUGACACCAAGAUCCCCUCUGCGCCCAUCCUACAGCCGGCGAUGGUGUUCAACGAACUCAAGAUGGAAGGUUUCUUGGUCAACCGCUGGCUGGAUCGCUGGGAUGAGGGCAUUAAGCAGAACAUGCAGUGGAUUAAAGAGGGAAAGCUGAAGUACAAAGAGACGGUCACAGAAGGGUUUGAAAAUAUGCCGAAGGCUUUCAUCGGUAUGCUCAAGGGAGAAAACCUGGGCAAGGCAGUUGUCAAGGUGUGAUGACGUGUACACAGCCGCGAGACCUCACGUUGUUUCGUGAUAACCUGUACUGCCAAGUCACCAUAGUCCCGUAUUAAAUUGCUUACCUACAACUGUUGUAGUGUUAGUGUGAAGUAUUGUCGUCCUUUGCUGCUAUUGCAGUCACCCAAGAAAAAGUUAUGCUUGAUGAUUCGUAAAUAUUUCAUUCACUCCAA